UACCAUUUAGUAAAAUAGUCUCUCUAAUAGAGGAAAUCGGUGAAAAUGUUCUAAGAGUGAUUCGUGGUAAAAUAUUAGAGUUAUGGCCUAUUUUUACUGGUAUUUUCGACCAUGGGCAAUCCUACUAUGCCUAGUUGGGAUCUUUCCCUUGGAACACAUCUUCAAAUCCGACCCAACGAUGUUAAAGUAUCGGUUCUUCAGUUUAUCAAAUUUGUAUUCCAGUUUCCUAUUUGUAAGCUUGAAUUUUGUUUUUAUCAGAUAUGGUGCAGUGCUUUUCAUGGUCAAUUCGGCGACACAAAAGUGUUUCCAACUGGUUGUUUAUAUAACGUCAAUAAGAGCGUUAUUUGCUGUUCUUACAUUUCUUAAAACAUCAAAAAAAUCACCAACUUUAAUAAAAUUGUUGCAUUCUUACGAUCAUCAAAAACAAGACUUUGUUAUAGCCAAAGACGAAUGCAAAAUAAAAAGUAUUUUUGUGUGGACAAUUUUUCCUAUGCUUAUGUCCUGUUUUUUCUUAAUUAGUUUUGCUAUCUACACCACCAAAAUCGCUCAAGAUGUUCUACGAUCAGACAGAGACACAUUAGCAUAUUUGCAAACUGGAAAACUUGCAGCAGCUUCUUUAGGCUUACUAUCUAUAUGGUACAUUUUCCCAAAUUCUCUUUAUAUUUACCAAUGUAGUAGGAUAGCUUACAACUUCUCUCAACUGAAUCAAUCUCUUAAGAUUAAACUUUUCUCAGAAGAGUAUGGACUUCAAGAAAAAAUUUGUGUCGAUUAUGAAAUUAUGGAAAGAUAUCGUUAUUUGCAUAAUAUGCUUUCUGAAUGUGUUCAUUCUCUCGAAUACAUUUAUGGUUAUUUUCUGGUCGGCGAAAUGGUUGCUGUGAUAGCUGUAAUUGUUAUUAACAUAUCUGUGGCUAUUAUAGUAGACUAUAAUAGUGUGAAUUUAAUUAUAUAUUGUAGUCAUUCCAUACUGCUUAUGCUAAUAGUGAUAUCGACAACACACAAAUUAAAGGAAGAGGGAAAUGAAAUAGUAAAUAUAUUGCACAGAAUGCCAACCAAAUCAAUAUCGGAUGAAUGUCUAAAAGAGCUACAAACGUUUAUGAUCCAAAUCCACGUAAGGCCUGUAGAAAUAUCUGCAUCUGGAUACUUCACAUUGGACAAACGACAAAUAUUAAAUAUCAUCACACAAGUCUCAACUUACCUUAUUGUAGUAUGUCAACUAGUGCAAAGCUACUACCAAUAUAAUAAUCAGCAGAAUUCAAAUUCAACUCAUAUCGUGAAUACGGAUGUAAAUUAAGGACACACUCAAAGAUGCUUGAGGUAUAGAAGAAAUAUAUUUUGAGGAAGGAAUGAGAAGAGAAGAAUAUUAUAUGAGAAUUUAUAGAUUAAAUGUGUCUUUUAAUACCAUUAAUUAAUAUCAUUAGAAAAAUUAUUAUUAACCUAUAUCAAGCAUUUGACUCUCUAUUUGGAUCUCACAAUAAAACACUGAAAAACGUUUGUUUUCUAUACUUCCACAAAAUUUAUUACAACUAUGUUAUUACUACAGCUGUUUCGGCAAAGUGCCUUUCUCAAGUGAUUCACUUUGCCGAAACAGCUGUAGUAAUAACAUAGUUGUAAUAAAUUUUGUGGAAGUAUAGAAAACAAACGUUUUUUAGUGUUUUAUUGUGAGAUAAAAUGAACUUCCACCAAGUAACGGUCGAAUCCAUCAAUUCUCUAUUUGGAGUCUUCAUCCGGAAUUUUGUCCCCGGAUUAAUUCAUUCUUACACACUUCAUCUUACAAUACGACAUAUUAGCCAAAUUGGACACAAUAUAGAUAAACACUGCAAAGUUACAUUAUGUACUAUUUACACAUAUUAUAUUUUUAAUAAUAGAAUUGUACACUAUA